AUGAAAGGCGCCGAGGCUACAAAGAACUUUAUUGCUCCAAAAGCUGCAUUAGCUCGCGGGAUUGACCCUAACAAAGUUUAUGAAACACAUCGCACCUACUCUCUGGAUGACAGAGAGUUGAGGCGAUUGAGACCUACAGCUACACGUCUGCACUGGGCUUUUAAAAAUUCCACUCUUGAGGCCGCAGAUUACCUCCUCCAACAUGGUGCUGAUAUCGACCUCUGCAACGGUGGGGGGCUUACUGUUCUCCACGAAGUUAUAUUGGACGAAAACGAAGAGGCAGUCGCGUUUCUGCUGGAAAAUGGCGCAAACUUCGACCAACGCUACCCUGAUGGUAUUCACCCUUUAUAUAUGGCACUGAUUAUCAGCAACGUUCCCAUUUUCUGUCACUUGGUAGAUGCCAUGUCUGAUUUUACCACUGCCUCCACUGGUCGUUGGACCAUCGUCGAUCUUGCACUUCUAAUGGGGGAUCACAGAGCUUUGGAAAUACUUUUUGAGAAGGACCAGGCCUUGAAACCCUCUCCGUGGACUUGUUCUGAAUUCCAUGAUGUUCCGCCGAAAGACAUAGAUCCUUCAAAAGCUCAGGAAUUGCUUGCGGUCUGUACCAGUCAAGCCCUGAUCCCCCUGCCGGACCUGUACGAGACUUAUGCGUAUGUCCUGCUUUCGUUGGCCGGCACUCAUUAUGUUGAAUCAGGUACUAUAAUGCCGACAUUGCUCGUCGACGAUGUUUUCCAAGCCCUUUAUAAUGCGGCAGGCAUUAACACGCCAGCAUCACGAGUAACACCUUGCCAGCCCUGCUUAUCCUUCCAGCGCUUCCUUGGCAAACCUGAUGAUUGGUCUGAGAUUCACCAAAGUCGGGGUGAUCUCGAUGAAUGCGCGCAUAGCUGUCCAUUAUGUCGUUUGAUUGCCGACGCUUCUUAUUGUGCAGAAGAGGUCGCGAAAAAGAAAGCAGAAACUACUACGAAGCAUGACAAUGAAGGCUGUGGCCGGAUGUGUCGCAUUUGCGAGGCUAGAGAGUCGAAGAAUGCAAACGAUCAUGUUUCAGUACAAGAGAACACGGGUGGAUCAUCUAUUCACCUUAAGCUUCGCGAACAUGUGCUCUACCCAGUCGUGCCCGAAACUCAUACCUUCUUGGUUGCCCAGGAUGGAAACACAAGGGCUGAAGUCAACCUACCAAUAGAUGCAAUUGACGAAGCAUACAUUGUUAAUACGAAUACACCAGUUGGACCUGAUAUAUCGACAGCAUCCCAGCAGUCAUUUGAUAUAGCAAACAAAUGGCUCGACCAAUGUCGAAGAUCGAGUGAUCAUGGGGACUGUCAAAAGACUUACACUGAUACGGGGCACAACUUGUGGCCAGUUUUGCCAACUCGGAUUUUGGAUCUCACCAGUUUCCCCGAACCUCGAUUAGUCGAAACAAACGGUACCUGA